AUGCAUCAUAUACAUCACCAACAAUACAAAAGCAAAUUUUGCAAGUGUUGGCAAGAGCUAUUGAGAUUUGUUGAUAGAGAUGGCUUUAUACAAGAGCGUUUCUUUGGAGUUGUUCGUGUCAAGGACACUAGUGCAUCAACAUUGAAAGAAGGUAUCUUUUCUAUCUUAUCUCGUCAUAAUCUUGAUGUUCAAAAUAUUCUAGGACAAGGUUAUGAUGGUGCAAGUAACAUGCGUGGAGAAUGGAAUGGAUUGAAAGCUUUAAUUUUGGAUGAAUGUCCUUAUGCUUAUUAUGUUCAUUGUUUUGCACAUCGAUUGCAAUUGACAUUAGUAGCUUCAUCAAAGGAAGUCAUCCCUGUCCAUCAGUUUUUCACCAAGUUAAAUUCCACUAUUAAUGUUGUUGGGGCUUCAUGUAAGCGCAAUAACCAGUUAAAAGCUGCUCAUGCCUCAAAUAUUGCUCAUUUGCUUAGUAUUGAUGAGCUUGAAAGUGGGAGGGGCCUUAACCAAAUUGUUUUACUUAAUAUUAUUGAAGAUGGAACUACAUAUAUGCUCACCGUGGAGAUGCCGAUGCAGCUUAUGAGAGAUAGUGGAUGGGAUGAAUUACUUGAAAGUGUGAAGUCUUUUUGUGAAACUGUCAAUAUAACUGUGCCAGAUUUUGAUGCUCAAUAUAUUGCAAGAAGAGGAAGGGCUAGACUUCAACAAGAUGAAUUAACAAUUGGGCAUCAUUACAAAGUAGAUAUUUUUUAUGCGGUGAUUGAUUCUCAAUUGCAAGAGUUGAGCAAUAGGUUUGAUGAUAAAGCAAUGGAGUUAACUGUUCUCAGUUCAUCGUUAGAUCCAAAAGAGAUGCGUAUAUCAUUCAGAAUUGAUGAUGUUUGCAAGUUGGUGAAGAAGUUUUACCCACAAGAGUUUGAAGAUUAUGAGAUUUUGCAAUUGAGAAUGCAACUUGAACAUUUUAAACAUGUGCAACAACUUCUUGAUUUUAGAACACUAGAAAGUAUUUCUGAUUUAUGCCAAUGGUUGGUAAAAACUAGAAAAUCGAACAUCUAUCCUCUUGUGUUCAGAGUAGUAACUCUCAUUCUCACACUUCCAGUAUCUACAGCUACUACAGAACGAUCUUUUUCUGCCAUUAAUAUAGUCAAGACUACACUUCGUAACAAGAUGGAAGAUGAAUUUCUUAGUGAUUGUUUGCUAGUAUACAUUGAAAAGCAAAUUGCAAAACAAUUUAGUAUAGAUUCAAUUAUAGAUGAUUUUCGUGACAUGCAAGAGAGACGGUCUAAAUUUUAG